GAAAGUGAAGGAAACAUUUUUUUCUCGAAAACCUUCCUUCCGGAUUUAUUUCCAAGUUGUGAAUGUCAAAAGGAUUUCGAAAGUUACUUAGAUGCGUUCACCGGUUUUACAUUAUAGAAAAUGGUUUCAUCCAACCAUAUCGGGUGUUGAGGCUGAAAAUCUUCUUAUGGAAAACGGUUUUGACGGUUCGUUUUUGGCACGGUUAUCUUCCUCAAGUCCAGGUGCGUUUACAUUGUCGGUUCGUCGCGGUCAAGAUGUAACACACAUAAAGAUCCAGAACAAUGGUGACUUCUUUGAUUUAUAUGGAGGUGAAAAGUUUGCCACGCUUCCGGAACUGGUUCAAUAUUACAUGGAAACGGGCGAACUUCGUGAGAAAAAUGGACAGGUUAUUGAAUUGAAGCAACCAUUGAUAUGUGCUGAACCGACAACAGAACGAUGGUUUCAUGGAAAUCUGUCGGGAAAGGAAGCUGAAAAACUGAUACUAGAACGCGGUAAAAGUGGAUCGUUCCUAGUUCGUGAAUCUCAAAGUAAACCUGGUGAUUUUGUGUUAUCUGUGAGGACUGACGACAAAGUAACACACGUUAUGAUUCGAUGGCAGGAUAAAAAAUACGAUGUUGGAGGAGGAGAACAAUUCUCGACGCUAUGUGAACUUAUUGAACACUAUAAACGAAAUCCAAUGGUUGAAACAUGCGGCAACGUAGUUCAUUUGAAACAACCUUUCAAUGCGACGCGAAUUACGGCGGCAGGUAUCAACGCUCGAGUGGAACAACUAAUUAAGGGUGGAUUUUGGGAAGAGUUUGAAUCACUCCAACAACAAGAUAGUCGCGACACACAUCCCCGCAAGGAGGGCUACAAAAUUGAAAACCGUAAUAAAAAUCGAUACAAAAAUAUUUUACCUUUUGACGAAACUCGUGUGAAACUAAGAGAUUGUGAUCCAAAUAUUAGUGGUUCCGAAUAUAUUAAUGCAAAUUAUAUUCGCCUUUGUCCGGAUUCUGAACAAAACAGUGCGAAUUCCUCAUCAGAAAGUUUAAACAACGUUCAAGGAUUAUGUUCGAAUUGUGCAGCUGUACAGCAGCAGCAAAAAAAUUGUCAAAAUUGUCAAGUAAUGAACAAGACAUGUGUGCAAUGUGAGAGUAGGGCGAAGUCAUCUUCAUUUUCCAAACUGACAUCGUCAGCGACAAAUUGUACGAACUGUACUAGAAAAGCAGAUACCCUACCUAAACAUAAACGGAGUGAAUCGUUGACGUCGCGUAGUUUAUCAACAGCUGGAAUGUGUGGAAAAAAAGAUGAUAAGGACUUUUAUAAGACAUAUAUUGCAACACAAGGUUGUCUACAAAAUACUAUACAAGAUUUUUGGAACAUGAUUUGGCAAGAGAAUACGCGUGUGAUCGUAAUGACUACCAAAGAAAUAGAGAGAGGUAAAAACAAAUGUGCUAGAUAUUGGCCAGACCAAGGUCAAACUAAAGAAUGGGGACCCGCCCGGGUAACUUGUUUAUCUGAAAGUUCAACAAAUGAUUAUACGCUUAGAGAGUUCCAGUUUUCAUGGCGAAAUCAGGAUAAGCGCCACAUAUAUCACUACCACUUUCAAGUUUGGCCUGAUCAUGGCGUGCCAUCAGAUCCAGGUUGUGUGCUGAAUUUUCUACAAGAUGUGAAUUCUAGACAAAACCAAAUAGCGCAAAGUGGUAUCACACCGGGACCAAUUUGUGUUCAUUGUUCAGCGGGAAUUGGUCGAACUGGUACUUUCAUUGUGAUCGAUAUGAUUUUAGACCAAAUAGACAGACAAGGCCUAGACACCGAAAUUGAUAUUCAACGCACAAUACAACUAGUACGUUCGCAACGAUCUGGUUUAGUACAAACCGAGGCACAAUACAAGUUUGUUUACUACGCUGUCCAGCAUUAUAUUCAAACGUUAUUCCAAAGGAAACGAGCCGAAGAACAAAGUCUUCAAGUCGGACGAGAAUAUACAAAUAUUAAAUAUACAGGUGAAAUCGGCGAUGCCCAAAGAUCUCCAUUGCCACCAUCGGUGUCUAAUUUGAGCCUAAAUAACAAACUGGAUAAUUUCAACAUGAAUAAAAUGCCAUGUAAACCGACAAAAUCACCGAUGGAUCCAAUAACCCCAAAAUGUGAUUUCGUUCCUACAGUUUACGAGAACAUUCAAAAAGAUUUAAGGCCCCCACCACCAACGCCACCACGAAAAACGUGACAUAUGGAAUUCUAAUGGCCACUGCACUCCAAUAUUUCUCCUUUUUUCGGCUAGUUGUUUAUUCAUUACAUGAAAUGUGACUGUAAAUGCUUUUGGAAAUAUGUGAAACGUGUUAAAAGUUAACACGGUAUUAUUAAAAAUAUAUAUUUAGGCGAAAAUCUCUUGCAAAAUGAUCAUUCGUUUUGAACAAAUACGGACGAGUACGUUGUCAUUUCUACUUUCUCUUAUCAACACAAAUAUGAUAAAACUAUGUAUGCAUAUGUAUCCACAUAAAGGUUAUUUUCAGUUUUUGCCCGCUUAGUUCUUAUUAGCAUCAGAAGAUUGCAAUAAUUGUAUUUCCCACAACACUUUCAACUUAAUUUUACUCUGUUCGAACAUAUAGAAUCCCUUCAUGUGAACAUCCCCUAGCAACAGAUAUCAGUGUUUAGAGAGAUUAAAUAUAUCUAGGUGGAAAAAACAACUAUGAUGUUAUAAGAAUCGAUGUAAUUCAUUUUUAUUGAGAUGGGAGAGCGCGGAAGAUGUAAAGCAAAAAUACAAUAAUUAUACAAUUGAGAGAAAAACAUAAAGUACUAUGAAACAAAAAAUAUUUUGCGACAUUAUUAAGUUUACUUCCGUAUGUAUAUGUAUUGUAUUCACAAGACUGUUGCUUUUUGUGCAACUAAAAAUUUAUUAAAUGCUUGAAGAAUUAAAAUUUAAUAAAAUCGUUAUUGUGCAUAUUUGCAAUUGCUUAGAAACUUUAUAAUAAUAUGUGAAAGGCAAAGUGAAAGUAUGCAGUCAAUUUUCUUUUGUAAUUACUAUUCUCAUUUUAUCAUUUAGAUUAUUUUUAUUCAUAAACGCGAACGCGAUGAGAAAUUAUGUUUAUCAUUGACUCUUAUAAAUUUCGUUGUAAGAAAUAUUAAGCCUGAUUCGUAUAUAGUGAACUUGUUUACUUCAGUUUCUCCAGUAGAUUUUUGUUUGGAAAGUGGUACUGUAUGAAACAUGAGAUACAAAUGAUUGUAAUGAUAGAAAUCGAUUUUGGCAAUUGCAAAAAUCCGCUUGGCAACAUUUGUGUAAAGAAUGAUGAAGUUUAUUUUAGAGAACUACUGUGAAGUAUAUUGAGAUAUGAUUUGUACGAAUACGUUAGAUAUCAUGUAAAAAUUUCGACGCGGGAAGAAUAAUAUUCUUAAGAUGCACCAUGUGAUUUUUUAACGUUUUUACUUCUUAAUAUCAUAAUGACGAUUAUGAUAAAAAAUAAUUAUCUUAAAUUAUUAUUUUUAAUAAUUUUUAAUGUCUUGUAAAAAUAAUUUUAUAACUUUACAGUAUGUGUUAUUCAAUGUUCCGAAUCGUUUGUUUUCUUAUUUUUCGUUUUAUUUUAUAUUUUAUGAAAACUGCACA